GUCGGAGGCUUCUGCACAGAGAUGGCAAGAGAGCCGUAGCAGACAGUGAGGCCUGUACGGUUGGGCAUUUUACCGACAACCGUAACGAUAAGAGAACCGCAGAGAGUGGGGAAGGAGUGGAACAACGGACACGGAAUCAUGGGACACGGAGUGGGCUGAACCACAGGGUCUAGCAGCACACACCAACUGUUUCCCACUGUGGUGUAUGACAUGGCCACGGCCUCAUCUAGAGCAGAGUCUAGCCAUAACCACAGAGGAACAUCACAGCUCCAUGCCAUUGUUUCCUGUGCCAAAAUCAAGAGGAAGAAAAGCCUGUUUGGGACUGCCAUUUAUGUGGAGGUGACAGCGGAGGGAGAGUCACGCCGCACAGCGAAGUCUCAUAGCUCCUCCAGUCCUAAAUGGGAUGAGAGGCUCACUCUGAAUGUAACACCGCACACACAGGUGGAUUUCAAAGUAUGGAGUCACCACACCCUGAAGGCAGACGCUCUGCUGGGCAAAGCCACGCUAGACCUACUUCAAGCCUUGGAGCAGCAUGACAGAAAAUUAGAGAAUGUGAAGGAGGUGCUGAAACUGAGCGUGGAGCAGAAGGGCGCUCCGGUUCCAAUAGGGGAGUUAACUGUCUACCUUGAUGGCCUGACUGUCACUGACCAAGAGGAGCUGGCACCGCUUACCAACGGCAAUGCAGCAAAUAGCAUAAAAGUCCAACAAAAUGGCAAUGCCAUUCAUGAAAAUGGAGACUCAUCUUCCUCCUCCUCAAGGGCUGCCAACAGCUCAGUGAAUGGUACCGACUUGGCUCCGAGGUCAAGUUCCUGUUCGGCCUCCAAUGGUCUAGAUGGUCAGGUGCCCUCCAGUUCCUGCAGCCCCGCCCUUAGUCAUGUCGUCAAUGGAGACGCCACACCUAACUCCACCCCAGUCCACCAACCCUCAGACAGUGACACAGAGAGUAGGACAGUGAAUGGGGAGUCCUGUGAUGCUGCUCUGGGGCCAUCCUCUGCUGCAGCUGGUGAUGUGCAGCCCCCUGCAGAUGACCAGGAGGACUCCAGUCAAGAUGCCACCGUGCCAGACUCUGACACAGCACCAAAUAACACAUGUCAAGCCCUGUCCACCUCCACACAGGCUCCAGCCUCCUCUUCUGCUGCUAAGCCUACUGAUGGCACCACCACUGCUGCUGCUGCUGCUGCUGCUUCUGCUUCUGCUUCCUCCACAUUGACCUCCACAGCACAAGGGGCCACCACCAUCACAACCUCCUCAUCAUCAUCCUCUUCCUCCCCAGCAAUAGGAGAAGCGAAUGCUUCAGGAGGUGGUGGUGGUGGUGGUAGCAGUAGUAGUAGUAGUGCAACUACAACUACAGAUGGGGCCAAGCCCAGACAGCAGGUCCCCAGUGCUGGAGCAUCAGAUCCUCUACCACCAGGGUGGGAGCAGAGAAAAGACCCACAUGGGAGAACAUACUAUGUAGACCACAACACCAGGACUACUACCUGGGAAAGACCACAGCCACUACCACCAGGAUGGGAGCGCCGAGUGGAUGACAGGGGCAGGAUCUACUAUGUGGACCACAACACCCGCACCACCACGUGGCAGCGUCCCACUAUGGAAUCAGUCCGCAAUUUUGAGCAGUGGCAGAGCCAACGCAGCCAGCUGCAGGGAGCUAUGCACCAGUUUAACCAGAGAUACCUCUACUCUGCAUCCAUGAUGUCUGCUGAGAAUGAUCCUCUUGGCCCGCUACCUCCUGGUUGGGAGAGGCGUGUGGACUCCAAUGACCGAGUGUACUUUGUCAACCAUAACACCAAGACAACGCAGUGGGAAGAUCCUCGAACCCAAGGGCUACAGAAUGAGGAUCCUCUGCCUGAAGGUUGGGAGAUCCGGUACACAAGGGAAGGAGUUCGCUACUUUGUGGAUCACAACACCCGAACCACCACUUUCAGCGACCCUCGCACUGGAAAGUCCUCUGUCACCAAAGGCCCUCAGAUUGCUUAUGAGCGCAGCUUCCGAUGGAAGCUUGCCCAUUUUCGCUACUUGUGCCAGUCCAAUGCUCUCCCAAGCCAUGUGAAGAUCACAGUCUCCAGACAGACGUUGUUUGAAGACUCUUUCCAGCAAAUUAUGGCCCUGAAGCCUUACGACUUGAGGAGGAGACUCUAUGUCAUCUUCAGAGGCGAGGAGGGUCUAGACUAUGGUGGUUUAGCUCGAGAGUGGUUCUUCUUGUUGUCCCAUGAAGUGCUGAACCCCAUGUACUGUCUGUUUGAGUAUGCCGGCAAGAGCAACUACUGCCUGCAGAUCAACCCAGCCUCGGCCAUCAACCCAGACCACCUCUCCUACUUCUGCUUCAUAGGCCGCUUCAUUGCAAUGGCACUUUUCCACGGCAAGUUCAUCGACACAGGCUUCUCUCUGCCUUUCUAUAAACGCAUGCUGAACAAGAAGCUAAUACUCAAAGACCUGGAGUCCAUCGACCCAGAGUUCUACAACUCCCUUAUAUGGAUCAGGGACAACAACAUUGAAGAGUGCGGUCUGGAGAUGUACUUCUCAGUAGACAUGGAGAUCCUUGGGAAGAUCACCUCUCAUGACCUCAAACCUGAUGGCGCCAAUGUUCUAGUCACUGAGGAGAACAAGGAGGAGUAUAUCAGUCUAAUGGCAGAGUGGAGGUUUUCACGUGGGGUGGAAGGCCAGACCAAAGCUUUCCUGGACGGCUUUAACGAGGUGGUUCCACUUCAGUGGCUCCAGUACUUUGAUGAAAAGGAGCUUGAGGUGAUGCUGUGUGGCAUGCAGGAAGUGGACCUGCAGGACUGGCAGAGGAACACAGUGUAUCGUCACUACACAAGGAACAGCAAACAGAUCAUUUGGUUCUGGCAGCUGGUGAAGGAGGUGGACAACGAAGUGCGACUGCGGCUCAUGCAGUUUGUCACUGGAACCUGCAGGCUUCCUCUGGGCGGCUUCGCUGAACUUAUGGGAAGCAAUGGGCCCCAGAAGUUCUGCAUUGAGAAGGUGGGGAAGGACACAUGGCUUCCUCGAAGCCACACAUGUUUUAACCGUCUGGAUUUGCCUCCUUACAAGAGCUUCGAACAGCUGAAAGAGAAGCUGCUCUUUGCCAUCGAGGAAACAGAAGGAUUUGGCCAAGAAUAGAGGGAGGAGUCCUCUUGUGUUUCUUUUCCUCCCCCAUCGCUGUUUAUUCAGCCAAGUAAAAACAAACAAAAAAAAAAUUGCACAAGAUAACCACCAAUGUAUAUAAGCUAUUUUGUCAUUUUAAACCAAAUCUUAAUUUGCAGCAUCAUUUUUGCCGCAAUCCUGUUCCCCAGCCCUUAUAUAUUAUAUAAUACCCCAUCAUGAAAUAUGCAAGCAUUUCAGCAUUUUUGCUCCACUGUUUAAAAACAGAAAUCAUGGAUAUUUUUUUAAUUUCCUCCCCACUGCUGACGGGCUUUUUAAAAGAGACUAAAAGUGUUUUUGAGAGGAUUUUGUAGUUGAAGCGCAAUCUUCUUUUAAAGCUCUAGUUCUAUAGAGCUUCUAAAAGGCAAGAGUAGUAUUAGGGUCUGGUGCCUGAAUCCCCCCUCCCCAGCUUGCAUGGCUGCCUCUGAAGAUGAGAAGACCGCUGUGACCAGCCUCUGCCACCACACAUACACACACAAAUGAGCUCUUAAUGAGCUUCUUUUUUUUUUUUUUUUUUUUUUUUAAUAACCAGUCUCAUCAAAAACAGAGCAGUGUUCAGGGUGGACUGAUCUGAAGCAGAUGAAGAACUCUCAUACAGUUUUUCUUUCAGUGAGAUUCUGGAGACCAGCCCAGAGUAAGAAUCAUCAGCAGAUCCUCCCAUUUGGAUAAAGAAAAAGUUGGGAAAAAAGACUGUCAUGAAGUUGGUGGAGGCUUCUAUUUUAAAAGGAAUAAGGGGACUCAAGGAGAACGCUCUAAUUGAAGUGAAAGAGUAAGUGUGUUGGUGGUGGUGGGGCCUGUGGUUCAUAGUCCUGAUUUUGAUGAGACAAUGGACAUGUUUCAAGCCACUGAGACUGCAGCCCCCAGCUUCAGUUGGCGAGUAAGAUACACACCCAGGAUGACAUACUUAGUUUUAUUUACAGGAAAAUUACUGACAACAAAACAAAAAAACAUGAAAAACAGACUCUGGCUCAGCUGUUCUUGUGUGCUUGGCUGAUUUUGUCUCGUUGAAUUUUGAUCUCGGACUUUAAAGUGUCUCCACCAGCACCAGACAUGAUCACGCUCAUCUGAUCACAUGAAGAUCACAGUUACUUUACCUCCUACGUUAUAGGUAACCAUGGAAAAAAAUCAAAGACAGCUUAUGAUAUUUGGCCCACUUGUGUGUUGUAAUGAGGUCAAAAAGACAUCUCGUUCAUAAAUGUACUUCUGUAAGUACAUUCACACAUGUACUGAAAGAAUCUGUCAUCAGCUUCUCGCUUAUUAGCAACUAUUAACUAAUUACAAACGAAGCCACUGCCCCAUAAAGUCCUCGUGUUAUUGCAGAACUGUUGUUAUCACAGCAGAAAAUGUCUUUCAGAGUUCCACAAUGUUUAUAAUCAGUUGUUUUUUGUUUUUUCUACUUUGGUCCAUGAUCAUAAAGGAGCUCAGAGUAUUACAAAAUAUCAAAUUUCAUGUCUUGAAUGACUUGAAAGCAACAAACAUAUACAAAUAUUGCAUGCUGGCGGCACAGGGCGGCAACUGGCCAAAUGUAAGAAAAUAAGCGUUAAAACACGUCUGAAGGGUUGAGUUGUCCACUUGAAAAUUUGGGCCUCUGAUAGUAGUAACUGGGUCAUAAAUCUGUACCUGUGCAGCAUCGUUAGAAAAUAACAAUUCUGACACAUACAGUGUGUAACUGCCAUUUGGCUGUGCAGUCAACAGUGUGACUACUGCAUAAAUUGAAGCCAUAGUGCGGAGCCCACUUUCCUCAGACGAUGCAGUUUAAUUUAUUCAGACCAUACUCAAUCUCAUUCUCAGGUUUUGCGCUGAAAUUAGAUGGCCUUAGUUUAAUAAAGGUGUGUGUGUGUGUAUAAAUCAGUAAAGUUGUGGCUGUUUGCAGAAAACAAAAAAAAAGCCUAAUUCACAUGCAGAUAAGAUGAUAAGACUAUUAAUGAGACACUAAUGUGCCACAGACCAAAUAAUGUGUGGAAAACCUUCCACAGUGCAGCUCACAGCAGCAAGCCUGGUGGUGCAUCGCAUUGGCUUAUGUUACGUGUUUUUGUCUUUGCACCCCCACUUUCCCCUCGUCCUGUCUUUCCUGAAAUGCUUCAGAGGACACGCCCUUUGUUUUUCAAAAUGUCACGUCUAACGGCAUUGUUUCGAGGCAGCAACUCUGGUGCUUAUUCUUUCAGUCAGUGGUCUAGACGCAGCUUAAAAACGUGGCAGUGGCAUGCCGCUCUGCUUGUUUUCUCUAGCGUCGUGGGUUUCUUUUCUCAGACCACCGCAAAACAGCAGCGAGCUGCUGUAGACUCUCUAGGAGGAGCUUAUGAUUACUCAAGUUAUCAGUCAUGUAUAUAACAUGUAUUCAGCUGUCCCUGUGAAAGAGCUGGAAGGAGGGACGACAGUAUGAAGAAAAACAUUUACUGUAGCAAAAGGAGCCGACUUAAAGAAGUCAAAACUGCAUAACUUUGUGCUUCCUUUUGAACAGAAACCUGUAAUCAAAGAAAAUCAACUGUGUAUGUGAAUAUUAAUUGUAUAAAGGUAAUGAAAGUAAAUAAAGUACUUAAAUAUAAUAAUUAAUUACACAGAGCCGCCACUCCAUUGAUGGAAAUCUGUGAUGCCUUUGUUCUUAUCAGAAAUAGAUGGGGCGCUUCAGGUUGCCUUCAUCGUAGGAAGUAAUAAGAUGAAGUAUCACCUGGACAGGUGUGUUCCCUCAAAGCAAAACUCACUCAUGCUACUGUUUAUCAUUUCAGUACGUGAUAAUGCAGCAGGGAACUUCUGACUGUGCUGACUGCGGUUUAGGCCAUCUGAAACGCAUCCAAACUGUAACAUAUCGCGUGUAGAUACACACUGUAAACACCACCUACACUGUACAGAGCGCCCCUUUACUGGAGACGAUGUGUAUAGAAGAUUCAUUUUUAAUCUGCUUUCACCCAUUUCAAUGAAGAGAGAUGGAUUUAUGAGAUACAAAUAAAUACGUGAAUAAACCCCCUCCACGACCACGCUUUCCUUUUCUCUGUUGUGUGAUUAUCGGGGGAUGAGAGGCCUUUCUGCUCAGGAUUCACAACAAACUGUUGGCAAUUUCUAUUCUGUUCUCAAAGAAAAAUAAAAUAAUGUGCUCUUGGUUUAUCCUUUUUUUGAUUGGAUCUUGCCUGUGGAAAGAACCAUAUUUAAUAAAUGUAUCUGACCAUC